AUGGAAAACACUCGAGUGUUUGUCAGUGGGCUCCCGCCUACUUGCUCAAAUGAUCAGCUUCGCAAUCAUUUUGCUGCUCGCUUUCAAGUCACAGAUGCUCAUGUCCUCCCAAAACGUCGUAUGGGCUUUGUCGGCUUCAAAAGCAAUGAAGUAGCUCAGGAAGCAGUCAAAUACUUCAACAAGACUUUCUUAAAGAUGUCCAAGAUCUCGGUAGAUAUUGCUCGACCGAUUGAUUCCAACCCUGCUGAGAGGGCCCAUCCUACACGGAGACGUGACAAUGCCAAUGACAUCCCGUUGGACAAUGCACUGAAGCGCAAGAGGGAUACUGAAAAGGAUCCUAAGCUACAGGAGUACCUCUCAUUGAUGCAAUCCGGAAAGACUCGAACAUGGGCAAACGAUGAUACCCUAGCACAGGCAUCGGCGGAAUCCGCGGCAGCGGCCAUUAAUCGACCCACCCAAGAGACCAAAGUUGUGGAAGAAGUGCCUUCCCAGCCUAAGAAAGCCCGCAUCCAAGAAAACUCGACCCCUGCCAGUACUGAGGUACCUGAGCCCAUGGUCGUAGACCACAGCGGAGAGGAUGGGAAGGAGGAGACCUCGGAUCAAGCUGAGGAAGAGACUGGCCCUGUGUCAGACAUGGACUGGCUUCGAUCAAAGACGAGUCGUCUUCUGGGUCUCCUGGACGAGGAUGAGCAGGCUGAGUUCGAAGAGCGCAAAGCAGACGAGCCAAUUAAGUCUCGGAGUCCCAGCGUGGAUGAAUCUCGUAGUGCACAAAUCGAACGUAUCAGUUCUCCUCCGCCCGCGACUAAUGUUGAUGAAGUUGAUGAGCCAGUUGAAGAUGCAGAUGAACCUGAAGAGGAUGAAAUAUCUCCUGAACAGGCCAAGAACAUUGAGUUGAUUCGGUCAUCUGCUCGAUUGUUCCUGAGGAAUCUGUCUUACGAGUUGACCGAGGCAGACCUUCAGCCCCUGUUUACUCCAUUCGGCAAAACUGAAGAGACCAGCAAAGGCUUUGCCUACGUGCAGUAUCAUGAUGCCGAUGCUGCCGUAGAGGCUUACCGAGCUCUCGACGGAAAACAUUUCCAGGGCCGCCUUUUGCAUAUCCUUCCUGCUGCGGCUAAGAAGAGUUACAAGAUUGACGAAUAUGAGCUUUCCAAGCUUCCUUUGAAAAAGCAGAAGGAGAUCAAGCGUAAAAAGGAUUCUACUUCUUCAUCAUUCAGUUGGAACUCUCUUUACAUGAAUGCCGAUGCUGUUAUGUCUUCCGUCUCUCAGAGACUCGGUAUUUCCAAGGCUGAAUUGCUGGACCCGACCUCAUCUGAUGCUGCUGUGAAGCUGGCACAUGCUGAGACGCAUGUUAUCCAAGAAACCAAGGCCUACUUUGCUUCCAAUGGAGUGAACAUUGACGCCUUCAAGGGUCGUGAGCGAGGAAACACAGCCAUCUUGGUCAAGAACUUUUCCUAUGGAGUCAAAUCCAGUGAUUUGAGGUCUUUGUUUGAGCCAUACGGUACAAUCAUUCGACUGCUGAUGCCUCCAAGUGGCACCAUCGCCAUUGUGGAAUUCGGGAAACCGGAUGAAGCACAAAAAGCGUUCAAGGGCCUUGCAUACCGCAAAGUGGGUGAUUCCAUUCUCUUCUUGGAGAAGGCGCCAAAGAACCUGUUUGAUGGCACAGCGACCCCUCAGGCUUCUGUACCUGAGAUUCGGGGCAAGGGUCAGGGAUUCUCUACUGCCGAUACUUUCGCUGCAGAUGAACCCGAAGUAAACACUGUCACUUCAACACUUUUCGUAAAGAAUCUGGACUUUGCGACCACCAACGAGAAGUUCUUGGAGACCUUCAAGCCACUGGAUGGUUUCGUUACUGGACGCAUCAAGACCAAGCCCGACCCAAAACGUCCUGGACAGACCCUCAGCAUGGGUUUCGGUUUCGUAGAAUUCAGAUCCAAGGCCCAGGCCCAAGCAGCACUCGCAGCCAUGAAUGGUUACAAGUUAGACCAGCACGAACUUCUCAUCCGUGCCUCUCACAAGGGCAUGGAUGCCGCGGAGGAGCGGAGACGGGACGACAAUGCCAAGAAGAUUGCGGCGAGAAGAACCAAGAUCAUCAUCAAGAACUUGCCGUUCCAGGCCACCAAGAAAGAUAUUCGGUCGCUGUUUGGUGCGUAUGGUCAAUUGCGGUCAGUCCGUGUACCUCAAAAAUUCGAUCGCUCAGCUCGUGGUUUCGGUUUCGCCGAUUUUAUCAGUGCUCGCGAGGCGGAAAAUGCCAUGGACGCGUUGAAAAACACACAUUUGUUGGGUCGACGAUUGGUGUUGGAAUUCGCAAACGAGGAGUCUGUCGAUCCCGAGGAGGAGCUCGCGAAGCUAGAGAAGAAGGUAGGAGAGCAGGUGGAAAGGGUCAAGCUCCAACAACUUACCGCUUCCAGUGGACGCAAAAAGUUCACUGUAGGGGCUCAGGAGAACGACGAAGCAUGA